AUGACCAACCCUUCACUAGCUAGGGACAAGCAGCUUUUUACUGAUCUGAAAUCAACGGAGUUGAAUGAUGGCUCUUUAGAAAAUCACCGAACUAGCACUGAUAUCAUCACUUUAGAAUUCAACAAGGGAAAUAGAUUGGCGUAUUCAAGAUCUGAUAAAACCCUCUGCAUAUGGAAAAGGUUCAAGGAAAAUGUAUGGGACUCUUUAUUGCAGAUCAAUACAACCUCUAACAAGCCAGUCUAUUGCAUUGCUUGGGAUACAGUUGAUGAACUGAUAUUUGUCACCGUCGCCAAAGAUUCGACGGCUCAAAUAUGGCAACUUAAUGGUUCCAACACUCAGUGUAAAUGUUUGAAGACAAUCCAAACCCCUAGCCCAAAAAACUCCAACUUCAUAGCCAAGAUAUCUCCCGACGGAAAGUAUUUGGUUAUUGCCAGCUUCAAUAACACAAUAUCAUUUUACGAUUUCCAAUCGAAACAUGAACCAGUUUUUCUUUUCCAGUACACUUUUAAUGAGAACGUGUAUGAUUUGCAAUGGGACUCUAAAUCAAGGUUUCUACUAUUCACGCUUAGCAAUGGUACAGCUCCUAUAUACUCAAUUACUAAAGAUUCAGGAGGAUUGCGGUUUAGUUUGUUGCAGACAUUAUCGGGCCACAAUGCCUCUGUCACUUCAGUGGCCAUUACUGGAGAUCGCAUUAUUCUUGGAACAAAUGAAGGAAUUGUAUCUAUAUGGGACCUUUCGACGUUAGUCUGCAUUUCUGUCGAUUCAUCCAUUGACGUUCCAGUUACCUCAGUACAAGCUUCAUAUGAUGGUGACUACCUUUUGAUAACCUAUGAGCAUCACAAUGCAAGGAUAAUAAGGUUGUCUCCGUUUAGCAAAGACUCCGAGACGAUACUAGAGUUAGAAAACUCAAGCAGGGGAAUUUAUUCCGCAAAAUUUAGCAGUACACGUUUAGCCCUGGCUUAUACUGGGAUGAACAAUAAUUGCGUUGUGUUGGGGAGGAAGGAACAUUCCAAGAGACGGUAUAGAGGUAGUUAG